AUGACACACAAUUCACACACCACUCCUAGGUUGAGGAAUCUGUUGUGGGCAACAUCAAAGCAUGAUGUAUACCUUAUGCAAAACUACUUUGUGAUGCAUUGGUCCUCAUUACUACGAAGGAGUAAAGAAGUGAUUAAUAUGGCCAAACCGAUUAUUCCAACCCUUCAAAAGCAUUCUGGAUUAUCCCACCCCAUCUCGCGAGUGCAAAUUAGCACCAUGGUUCUUAAGGAGAACUGGAUGAUGGCAGGUGGUUUCCAUGUCAAGCUUAUUUGCAAGAAUUUAAAUCAUUCUGGAGUUGCAUUCUACAGUAAAAUAACUACAGAUGAUAAUGUUAUAACCAAUGUUGUGGAUGUCUUCCGCAACCCCAAUGGGCCAUUAAGGUAUAAUUGGUCUGUCAAUAAGCUUUUGUUAGUCUAG